AUUCAUUUGAACCGCAGCUGACGUGCGUCUCCAGUAGUUUCUCUGUUGCGGCCACGCGAGUUUUUUCGUCUCUCAUACUUGAAACUUCUGAAUUAGGGAUUCGUAUAGUUUCUGAAGAGAAGAUGUCGAUCAAUGAAACGUACGUGUUCCGUCCCUUUAAACUGAUCGCUCUGUUCUGCGUGUUUCUGGCACUUUGUCUAGACGUGGUAGCACUGCUCAGUCCGGCUUGGGUCACCGCUGAACAAUACUCUCUUUCGCUUUGGGAGUCCUGUAACAAAAACGGGGACUUUUGGCAGUGCACCCCUACGUUUAGAACAGACUGGCAGGUGGCCACACUGGUGUUGCUGCUGGCUGGAGCAGCGGUCACUCUGGUGGCGUUCAUGAUCAGCCUCAUCUCGCUGUGCUGGGGCACUCAGAAGAAACACUACCGCACUGUGGCCAUCUUCCUCUUCACCGCAGUGGUUCUGCAGGCCUGCGCACUGGUCCUCUACCCAAUCAAGUUCAUCGACGGGGCAGUGCUGCAGACGUACCACGAGUUCAACUGGGGCUAUGGACUGGGCUGGGGGGCUACCAUCUUCAUGCUGGGAGGGGGGAUCCUUUUCUGCCUCCGGACGGACUUGUACGAGGACCCCUAUUACUAGGCCAAGACAAGAUUCUUCUUCUUGUUAUUAUUAGACCAGUAAGUGGGACUAUUAUUAGACUGGGCUUGUUGGAAAGAUAGACUUGGUAACUGCUGUAUGAAGAGGCUUGUAUUCUCAGGCCAUGCAGAGAUGAGGGUGAGAGCUGUUAGAGGUGGAACUCAAGGACAGAUGCAAUCAAUCCCCAUGUAACAACUUCAGCUGCUGACUCCAUGCGGAUUUCCAUGUGUUAAAAAAAUACAUAUAUAUAUAUUUGUUUUCUUUGCUAUAGCAGGAGAUAACAUGAAAUGUGUUUUAUUAAAUCAUGUAACCUAAUCUCAUCCCUGUUUUCCUCACUAUUCCACAGGUUCAGUGCCUUCCCCCACCCCCUUCUAUUCACACUGUGUAUAAAAUGUGCAUGUCUUUUAAAGCUGCAAUAAACUGCUUGUCUAUUUUAGCCAGGGUUGUCAGGUAGGGGUGAAACGAUUUGAAACUUGGUCAAGUAGACAUUUCCUUUUAAUGCUUUGAUCAGUUUUACCUCUGAAUUCAUAACCAAGUGUGUGUGUGUUGUUUUUUUUUUUUUAAUAAAAAUAUUAUGACAGGAUAAAAGAUUUUACUUGGUUGAAAGCUCAACUUUGGUUUGGUUUUAGCAGAAAAGUCCAGUUACAUGUACACUGAAUUCAGCUUUACCUUGUGUGACGUGAACAAGUUGGCAUACAGAGGAAAUGAAAUCCAGUCCAGAGGGUUUGCAUUGCUGAUGUGUGCGCAGAGCAGUGCUGGCUUGGAACUGGCUCAAUUGGUCAACAGAUGCACCCCUGUACAGAACACCAGGUCUUUCAGAGCAGCUGUGUGUGUUUAUAUGAACACCUACGAUAUUAUGUAGUUAUAGGACACAGAACGUCUAUGUAUGAAGGAAUAUCUGCACUGGUAGAGAGGCUGAAAGCCGAAGUCUGUUGAAGAACUUUGAGUGUCUGUGUAACCCAUACACAGACAUUCACUGUCCUAUAACUUUCAUAUGCUGCUUUAUUAUUAAUACACAAGUUAGGAAUCCAGCUCUGUGUUUUCUAAUCCUUACCAUCCUUUAUUUAGUCCAUUUCAUGUUUUCUGUUUCAUUGAAAAGGUUGAUGAAGAGAACACUGUUAAGUGGCUGAGGUACGCGGCCGAUUGUGAUGUCACCGUUUUGAAUGGUCUUUGCUGUUGAAUGGAAUUCCAAGAGGUGCCUCGGGUAUGAUUUUACUUUUAAAGCAGGUGACCUCAACCGCGCUGAUAUGGAGAAUCCGUGAUGUCUCGUGGAAUACAGAAGGUGAAACAUGCGAUCCGAUUGGCUGAAAGAUCCUGAGCAGCAUAUACUUAAUAUCAGCCAUGUUUCUUCAGAAACAAAGGGCUCAAAAAGUAAAAUAUUGGUUUUCUGACAGCAAAUGAAUACAGAUUAACUAGUUUUUUUUGUUUUGUUUGUUUCGGAUUUGUAUUUUCCUAUUUUGAAAUGGCUAACAGUUCCUUUGUUUCAAUGGCAUUCCUUUGUGACAAAGUAUUAUGUUGGAAGAAGAAAGAAAAUAUUUUCCUAUCUGUUUAAGGCAGUUUUUUUGUAUUUAUAACAGAAUUUUAAGCUUGAGGUAUUAGAUAAACAUGGUCCUUUUUUGGCCAAUUUAUA